AUGGUCAGUUUCUGUGGUCGCAUUUCUAUUGCUGGGCACACGAGGGGGUACAAGCAGAAACACUGGCGUAAACACAGGGACCGCUUUGGGGACCUGUUCCUCUCCCCUUUUCGUCGUCGGCGUGGCGAACGAAACGAUGGUAUUGGCUAA